UUUGAAAAUUAUACAAUUUCUAUAAUAAGUUCCUACAUUUUUUUAUAUUCAUUUCUGCACAAUGGCAGGGAAAGCAACAAGCUUCGUCGUUGGGUUAGAAACGGAAAAUGACAGUAACAGCCAGAGGGAAACUGAGACAAAAAAGGAGGAAAAAGAAAAUAAUAAUUUGUUAUCGGUUCUCAGGUCAAAGUACUGUAGCGGUAAUGAGGAGUUUAAGUUUGGAUAUUUUGGAGGAAGACCACCAAAGAAGCGCACAAUCUCUGGAGGGGAUGCAGAACUUGGGUACCUAACAAAUGUUUGUGUCAGUAACAGUAACAUUAGAACAUCAGCAUCACAGGGACAGAGUAUUAGAUCAUUAUGUCCGAAUGUUGUUGAUUUGGAUAUAUCAGGAAAUCUUCUGGAUUCUUGGAGUGAAAUUUUACCAUUAAUACAGGAGCUACAAAACCUGAAGUUCCUGAACAUAGCUAGAAACCCUAUUGCAAAUAAUAAGGAUACAUUAUAUGAAUGGUCAAGCCCACUUCCAAAUGUAGAAAACUUGGUUUUAAACAGGACAGGUAUCAAAUGGAAGGAUGUCUUGCAAUUUGCGAAACUGUUACCACAUUUAAAGGAACUUCAUCUAUGUGCAAAUAAUUUCAGAGAUAUACCAGAAGGGAAACAUCUUGGUCUACGUAGUGUUGAAUGUCUGAGAAUGAAUGAUAAUCACAUUACAAGUUGGGAUGAAGUUUGGAAACUCCGUCAUUUACCAGGCUUAAAGUCACUGAUCCUAUCUGGAAAUCCUUUAGUUGAUAUACAUUACAAAGCAGGUGACCUUGACCCUGAUUGUAACUGUUCCUGUCAUGAAACUGUAACUGUUGAUGACAUCACUGCUGUCGACAGUGACAAAGUUAAUGAUAACCAUGAUGGAGAUGCAGUAAAACUUGAUGAUGCCACUGUUGCUAAUAGUGAUGACGUUAUUGAAUCGCUUCAAGAAGAAGUUCGCCAAUAUUGUGAAAACAUACUGAACUCUGUAAUUGAUGAGGCUAUAAGAAAUGAUAUUGCACAGUCCAGUGUGUUACAAGGCAAUGAUGAAGAAAGCAUGAUGUGUGAACAAGAGGAAAACAGCCCAACUACAAGUAUUGGUGUAGUUGAAUGUUCUGAAAGACCUAAAGAUCAGCUGGUAGAUUCAGGGUCUGAAAGUUUGUUUGAUAUAAAAGAUAAGGAAGAUCAGGAAUGUUUAAAGCAACUGAGUAGAGAGAUUGUAGAGCUUAUCUUAAGGAGAGCUUUUGAUGUUGUCGUUGAAGAGGCCAAAGUUGAGUCUGCCGCGGAGACAAAUGCAAAAUUUGAUCCAGAAAUGAACCAAAAGGAUGCAGAUUGUGCUGAUGAAAAUAAAGAAAACAAUGAGCUGAAAAAUGGAGAAGGGACAGAUGGGAAAGGCUUAAACAGUGGAGAUGACUCUUGUUGUCUUUGUGAUGAAGAACCUGUCAGUCAAAAACCGUUUAUCUCCCUUGAAACUUUGUGUGUGAGUGAGACAAAGAUUGGUAAAUGGAAACAUCUGAGUGCACUGCGAACAUUCCCUGCUCUAAAAUCAGUUAGAAUGAAGAAUGUGAAAUUAGGAUCAAAACUAAGUGAUGAAGACAGAAGAAAACUAUUCAUGGCAAGUUUACCAAAUGUCAAACUGCUCAAUGGAAGUGAAGUGACUCCAUCAGAGAGAGAAAAAUCUGAGCGUUUCCUAUUAAGGCAUUUCUACGAUAAAAAAUUGAAGCCUGAUAUAUAUCAUACACUAGAGAAAAGACAUGGUCAGCUCACUCCAUUGGUAGACGUAGAUAUAAGCAAAGGGUUGACAGAUUAUGUGACAGUGAGGUUUAUUCAUAAUGGCAAAUUGGCGUUCACAGAGACCAUUUCUGUAAGAAGUAUGGCCGACACUUUGAGGAACCUUAUCGCAAAGAAAAUUGAUGAAAGUACCAUGUAUGCUGUUUUAAACCACAAACGCUGCAAUACUCAGCACAAUGAGUCUGUGGGUGAAUUUCAGGAAAUUAGGGGUGGAUUGUUGCCAAUUAGCAGGCUUGAAAUUCUAGAUGGGGAUGAAAUUCAUAUUGAUGAUACUAAAUCUAUACCAAAUUUAAAAGUGGAUUAUUAUUUAAGAGAUAGACAGCCAGAUGUAAAAGAGAAUGCUUAGUAAAUAAACUGUUAGAACUUUUAUAUUCAAUGCGUUAUGCCAGGGAACUAAACACAGUUAUAGGCCCCUGGUUUAUUAGCAGAAUUCUCGAUCCACCAAUAUGAUUUAAAUCAGAUUCUAAAUGACUGCUACACUUCAUAUGUAAACUGUAAGAAGAUCUGGGUGCGGUUUUAUCAACUGUCGUACGCUCAGUUGUAGCUCAGACUUGUUCGUACAA